CAGUGACUUUUCUUUUUUGCAAACUUUGAGAGAAAAUGGGCCUUGGACAUUGUGCUGAGCUGACUGACACCGGAAGGUUUGGGCUAUCUGGAGAGGAAACACUAAAGAUUGUCCCGCUGAAUACUGUGGGGUUGAUGAAUGAUCCACCACGAAUAUUCAAUGACUUUUUCACACAGUUGGAUAAGUCAGUAUCAUGAAGACUUUAUUUAAAUUACGAAUUCUCCAGUUCUUGUGGACUCCCGCAUCACCUUCUAGAUUAUUCCACAAAGAUAACAGGUGUCUUGUGGCUAAGAUUGUUUCACACUAUGACUAAAACCGUGAACAGGAACUGCCAGAACACUUCAACUUUGCAAGUGAUGUCCUAGACAAAUGGUCUCAGCUGGAAAAGGCUGGGAAGAGACCUGCAAUUGCAGCUUUCUGGUGGAUAAAUGAUAAGGGAGAUGAGGUGAAGUGGAGCUUUGAGGAGCUGGGAUUUUUGUCUAGAAAAGCAGCCAAUGUGCUCUCUGACCCAUGUGGAUUGCAAAGAGGAGACCGAGUAAUAGUGAUUCUACCUCGGAUACCAGAGUGGUGGAUACUGAAUGUGGCUUGUAUCCGAACAGGAAUUGUCUUUAUUCCAGGGACAUCCCAAUUAACGGCCAAAGACAUUUUCUAUCGACUCCAGGCUUCGAAGGCCAAGUGCAUCAUUACCAAUGACACACUGGCACCUGCAGUGGAUUCUGUCAUGCCUGAUUGCCAGUUUCUGAAAACCAAGCUAAUUGUUUCUGAAGGCAGCAGGGAUGGGUGGCUAAACUUCCAAGAGCUACUGAAGGUGGCACCGGCUGACCAUAACUGCAUCAAGACAAAGAGUCGAGACCCAAUGCUCAUCUAUUUUACCAGUGGAAGCACAGGACCUCCAAAAAUGGUUGAACAUUCCCACAGUAUAGGCAUAGGAUUUACAAUCAGUGGUAAGUACUGGCUGAAUCUGACUCCCUCAGAUAUAUUCUGGAAUACGUCAGACACAGGAUGGGUCAAGUCAGCCUGGAGCAGCUUUUUUUCUCCCUGGAGUAGCGGAUCGUGUGUCUUUAUACACAACAUGCCACAGUUUGAACCAACAACUGUCGCGAAUACUCUCUCAAGGUAUCCCAUAACCACUUUCUGCACAGCACCAACUGCCUACCGCAUGCUUGUGCAGCACGAUGUUACCAGUUACAAGUUCAUGAGUCUGCGUCACUGUGUGACUGGAGGGGAGCCGCUCAAUCCAGAAGUGAUGGAGCAAUGGAAAACCCAGACAGGUCUGGAUAUCUAUGAAGGCUAUGGCCAGACGGAAACAAUAACAAUAUGUGCCAACGUGAAAGGAAUGAAAAUUAAACCAGGCUCUAUGGGAAAGGCAUCUCUACCUUAUGAUGUUCAGGUUGUAGAUGACCAGGGUGAUAUUUUGCCUCUAGGAGAAGAAGGAAACAUUGCCAUCCGAAUCAAACCUAGAAGGCCAUUUUGUCUUUUCUCUCAGUAUUUAGAUAACCCAGAGAAAACUGCCUCCACAGAGCAUGGGAAUUUUUAUAUCACUGGGGACAGAGGGAUUAUGGAUGAAGAAGGAUACUUUUGGUUUGUUGGAAGGUCUGACGAUAUCAUUAAUUCUUCAGGAUAUCGUAUCGGACCAUUUGAAGUAGAAAGUGCCUUGAUACAGCACCCAGCAGUCGCGGAAUCAGCUGUUGCCAGCAGCCCAGAUCCUAUCAGAGGAGAGGUGGUGAAAGCUUUUGUUGUCCUGGCUCCUGAUUUUCUAUCACAUGACCCAGAAAAAUUAGCUCUGGAGCUGCAGGAGCAUGUGAAAAAGGUUACUGCUCCCUACAAGUAUCCCAGAAAGGUGGAAUUUGUUCAAGAGCUGCCAAAAACAGUUGCUGGGAAAAUCCAAAGGAAGGUAUUAAGGAACAAAGAGUGGGGAAGAGUGUAGCAUCAUGUGGACAGUCGAGAGCAAAGCUUCUUUCACUUCCACCAUCAUAUGUCUCAUGUUUUCACUUUUCUCUAUUGGUCCGAUGGUCUAAUAUUGUGAACAAAAAGCAUUAGCAGCAUGCAUGGGACUAUUAAAUACAAAAAGAAGAUGAGAUAAACUUGCUUAUAGAGUGCAUAAUCAUUCCCACAGGAUUUUAAAAUAGAGAUAAUUUAUUAGGACCAGGAGCUCUCGUUGGUUGAAAAGGCUUUGAAUCAGGCCAUUUAGGAAAAGAGUGGAUAAGACUAACAAAAGAGAAGGAGGCUGCUGGAAUGCAAAGGGAAGAUAUGAGAAUUUGGGAAUCUAUAGGGGAGGAUGGGAUGGGAAACAACUUUCUUAUGCCAGGAAAAUUUUCAAGAUUUCAAAACAUUUCCCCAUCCCAAAUCAAGACAAAAAUUCAAAAUAUCAAAAAUUUUCACAGACAACUCUAAUAUUUUUUGUC